UUUAUAGAAAAAAUGGCAGUGAGAACAAAAAUCAAACACCUCUCGUUCGCCAAAACCAUCCGCCGCCUCCGGCAUCAGCCCCGCCACUGCCUCCACAAAGAAGGUACUCAUUCUCUUCUCAAGGAAGAUCCGUUGGAAAUCCUGUCUAAUCUGUGGAUCAAAACUUUCUCUCAACCCCAAAAGCCCUUCACUAACCUCACUGGCUUUCUCUCAAAACUCGAUCUCUGGGUCCUCGCUUACCAACGCACAUAUGCUCAUCUCACUGGUUCUUUCCCCCCUCGGAAUGCUAUCCAAUCCCAUGUUCUAUCCGAGCUCUUAUCCCUCCGGGAUACAGUUACCCGUGGAAAAUUCCUUUGGCAUACAAAAAUCCAUCAAUAUAUUCGUGGUCCUAAUGAAAAACCCAUUACUGAGCACCUUUCCAGGAGUCAGCUCCAAUCUAUACUCACAUCCAAAACGCCGCCCUUUCAGGAUGUUGUGGUACAACAAGCUUUACUUAUGAUAUUUGAACCCAUUUUUGAGCCUAGGUUUUCAUCAAAGUCCCACGCUUUUCGCCCUGGAAGGAAUCCCCAUACUGUUAUUAGGACGAUUAGAAGUAAUUUUGCUGGUUAUUUGUGGUUUCUGAAAGGUGAUAUUAGUGAGGUUUUUGAUAAUGUUGAUGUUGAUGUCGUUAUGGCUACUCUCGAAAAGGCUAUCAAGGAUAAGAAGGUGUUGAACUUAAUAAAGUCGGGGUUGAAAGCUCAUCGACGUGGAGAGGAGGGUGAAGAAGAAGAAGAAAAGGAUAGCAGGAAGAGAAAGAAGGGGCGGACAAAAAAGAGGAUUUUAAAUGAGAAUGAGCCCAAGCCAGACCCUUAUUGGUUAAGGACAUUCUUUGAGUUUGCUCCGCAGGAGGCUUCUAAGAUACCCAAUUAUGGUGGUUGUGGAAUUCUAAGUCCUUUGUUGGCUAAUGUAUGUCUUAAUGAGCUUGAUCAUAUGAUGGAACAGAAAAUAGUUGAGUUUUUUAGGCCGUGUGAGCGAGACACGAUAUGGAAAUAUUCUAUGGAUGAUGGUUGUCAUAAUCCUGCUUGGCCUGAGUUUGUUCCUUCAAGUGGAAAAGAGAAGACGAGGAAGAUGGAUUUUAUAAGGUUUGGGGGUCAUUUCUUGGUUGGGAUUCGAGGGCCUAGACAAGAUGCCGUGGAAAUGAGGAAAGAGAUAAUUGAAUUUUGUGAGAGAAUUUUUGGGGUCAGGUUGGACAAUUCAAAAAUAGAGAUUGAGCAUAUUUCUAGGGGAAUUCAGUUCCUGGAUCAUAUUAUUUGUCGUCGUGUUAUUUAUCCAACUCUACGUUACACAGCCAGUGGUGGUAAUAUAGUGAGUGAGAAAGGUGUAGGUACUUUGCUUUCAGUCUCUGCUAGCUUGCAACAAUGUAUCCACCAGUUUCGAAAGCUCAAGCUUGUGAAAGGUGAUAGGGAUCCAGAGCCACUGCCUUGCACACCUAUGCUUUACUCUGGUCAAGCUCACACUAAUUCUCAGAUGAACAAAUUCCUUGAGACAAUGGCUGAUUGGUUCAGAUAUGCAGAUAAUCGGAGAAAAGUUGUUGGCUUUUGUGCAUAUGUGGUUCGUAGCUCUCUGGCUAAGUUAUAUGCUGCCAGGUAUAGGCUGAAAUCUCGUGCCAAGGUUUAUAAGAUUGCCUCGCGUGAUUUAAGCUGUCCAUUGAGGGAGCACACCAACAAUUCUGCACCUGAGUAUUCAGAUCUUUUGAGGAUGGGACUUGUUGAUGCUAUUGAAGGUGUUCGGUUUUCCCACAUGUCCUCAAUCCCGUCAUGUGAUUACACUCCAUUUCCAAGGAAUUGGGUCCCUGAUCAUGAGAAGGUGUUGCAUGAGUAUAUCAACUUACAGGACCCCAAGUUUUUCUACCAGCUGCAAAAGUCAGUUAAACAGCAUGGUAUGUGUUUUCCUCAAGAUGAGAUAUCUCAUAUUGUGUGGCAGUAUAAGACUCUUGGGAUGCGAAGCUUGUCGCAGAGGUUAUGUGAUGACAAGGGGAUGGAAAAUGCUUAUGAGAAAGUAAUGGUGGCAUCAUCAUGAACGUGGCAUGAAAUGUGAAAGUUUAUCAACAUAUAUUGCUAUUGAUGGUGCCAACUGACUUCUUAUUUUUCUGAAGCUAGAUGAUCAAUGUCUAUCUUGAUGGAUGAUAUUAAAGUUGGAAGUUGAUCUUAUUUAACAAUCUUGGUAAGCAGAUUAAGCUCGAUUACAGUGAACAUAUUCCUUUAUAAAGCUUUUUCAGUAAAGAACUAAAGAUUGAAUUUGUCAGUACAGAUUUAUGAGACCAUUUUUAGUACGUCUUUUUGUAAAAUUCUCUUCUUAUGGUUGAGAUCUGUGAGGAAUAACUGCUCCCAUAAGCAUCUAUAAUUUGGAUGAGUUUCUGAAAGGAAUAAAUUACUGACACCAACAUAUGUGCUUUUAGCUUUAGACUAAAACACUCGCCAUCUCCAUGCCCCCUACCGACUAAAACACUCGCCAUCUCCACGCCCCCUACCGCAAGAAUAAUAGCCUUGUUUUAAUUGCAUAUAUAAGUUGGAUGAGUUCUCUCAGAAAGUUACAUUCUUAACACUUCAGAGAUCUUUUAGCUUCUUCCUUAAACCCUAACCUGCACAUAUAUUCCCCAUGGAAACUGUGAUCUGCUGCAAUGGGAUGAAGCAGAGCAUAUCACUCCAAAGCUGAACUGAAGUUAUGGCUACGACAUGAUAGCUCAUAAGUUCUGCUGAAAUAAAUGUAGGAAACAAAAAUAAAAGUUGCAUUCCUGGUUUUUUGCUGCAGCAGAAAAAAUGUUCAUCUUCAGCUCCAUAUACCCAUAUAUAGUAAACAGAGAGCUUGAGGACUGCCUGCAUAUUUUCUGAAGACGGAUGAAUUGUAAGCUGUGUGAAUGCUUCCACAAACAAUGGCUCCUCGCUCUUACUUGGGCAUUUUUCAGUUGGAUUGAGAUUACACUAGUGGAACAUGAGAAGAGGCUGUUCGGUGAUGCAAGUCAUUGAAACUGUUGAUUGCCUGGGAAAAGACCUGCCUGAGAAGAGAUAUAAUAUUCGUAAGUUAGUUGUAUUCAGAUUGUUGUACAUGGCCUUGUUCUUUAAAUUCUGAUAAUAAUCUGUAUCUUAAUUAUGUGUAUAUAGGACUGGAUAGAUGACCCAAAUACAUUUUUAUGAUAAAUAUAUGGUGCAUUCUAUCCGACAUGGGACCAGUAAUAACAAUAUCAGUUCAGUAUAAUAUUUUGCAAUGUUCAAGUUUGUUGAUUGCGUCAUUAUACAUCCCAUCUGCCUAUUCUAUCUUAAAUUUAUCAAAACCCAUCUGUCAGAUACACACUUUCACAAAUAACGUUGCAGAUUAGUGAAGUAUUGAGGUGAAGUGAUUAGUCAGGACAUGGCGCAACUUUGUCUCACCGAGGAUAUGACCUUGACAGG